AUGAAAAAAAAUGGGAAAAUGAUUGUAUUUACCUUCAAGCAAUAUAUCCGCAAUGUUUAAACAUAAUGAACGAAACGAUUAUUGCUGCGGGGCUGGCGGUGACUAUCAUAGCACUGCUUAUGCUUUUUCGAUGGAGAUGGAGGACCCCUAAGGUGGAGGCUCCUUCCUACACUCCAGUGCAACUGGUGCACCGGCUUUGUCCCCAUAACAACGUAGUGCAAGGAAUUGAAGUGGAACAAAAGGACAGCCUUGACGAACACCUUGAUGUACUCACUCGAAAAUUAGCUGAUAAGGAAGGUCGUCUUCGCCUUUCUAAGUACAAAAUCCGUGAAACCCAGAACGAGAUCGAGAACCUCCACGCGCUGGACAACGACGUGAAGGUAAAAUAUCGGGAGAUCAUGAAUAUGCUGAAGCAAGAUCUUCACAGCAACGAAAAGGAGUGCAAGAAAAUCCAGGAGCAGAUUGAAUGGGUCUCGCGUCGACGUGCUGAACUUAACAGCGAGGUUCAGCGCGGGCAGAUACUAUAUGGCGAAGCUGCGCUGGAACUGGCAAGCAAUCUAGCAGAGCUUCAGAAGGGCCGCGGCGUCGAUCAUAAGAUAGAACACAGAAUGAUGGACCAGAGACUGCCGGAGCACCGUGUAACGAACAAGCCCCAGAGACAAGGCUCCCUGACGUCACUCCGGCUUAGGAAGGAACCCCAGCUCCCAAGAGCAACACCAAUCAGCUCCAUAGUCAUCAAGUCUCCCCCUUUGUCAAAUGAUUCCUUGAGACAGGCAGUACAUCGACAAUAGUUUUCAUUUUUUUAUAAUUAUUUAUCUUUUAAUCCCUUACUAUAUUUUUUUAUUUUUUAUUUAAUUUAAUAUAACAUUAAUGAGCAUUUUG